UCAAGUCAAAGUGUCGAAGUCGAAUGUUGGUGAGGAAGGAAGAGGAGAGGAGACACACACGGCCGCCUCAUCACUCCCCUUUUUUCCCUGCCAUUGCCUCGCUCUCCCCCCUGGGCCACCUCUGCCGCCUCCGGGGUCACCAGUAGCAGCUCCCCCGCGCCCCAGCAGCCCCAGACACGGUGCAAUGGCGGCGUUUCAAGUGAAAGUGAAGUGGGGUAAGGAGCUGUACCCUGACAUUGAGCUGAACACAGGGGAGUCCCCCAUGGUGUUCAAGGCUCAGCUGUUCGCCCUCACCGGUGUGCAGCCGCACCGCCAGAAGAUCAUGCUGAAGGGCGCCACACUCAAGGACAACACAUGGGACGGCCUCAAAGUCAAGAAUGGUGUGACAGUGCUCAUGAUGGGCAGCAAGGAGGAGGACGUACCGGUGGAGCCCACAGAGAAGGUCAACUUUAUAGAGGACAUGACUGAGGCCGAGAGGAACUCUGCUUUGGAGCUGCCGGUGGGCAUCAAGAACCUCGGCAAUACCUGCUACCUGAACGCUGUCAUCCAGUGCUUCAAGUCAGUCCCGGAGCUGCACAAAGCCAUCAUAGACUUCAAACCCAAACGGCCGGGGUCAGAGGGUGAAUCGUCAGGCACCCCCUCGUCCAUGCUGACCCUGGAGGUGGACUCGGGCUCGCUGCUGACGCUGGCCAUUCAGGACUGUUACCGCACCAUGGAUUCGGGCAAGACAGCCGUGCCCCUCGUGCUUGUCAACCUGUUCCGCUCUACCUUCCCCAGGUUCGCCGAGCAAGGGGAGCAAGGGAUGUACAUGCAGCAGGACGCCUCUGAGUGCUGGACAGAGCUGAUGCGCCUUCUAAUGCAGGAAGUGCCAGCAAAGGAGGCUGCCAAGUCAUCCAAGAGCUUUGCGUCAUCCCUCAUCGACCAGUUCUUCUCCGGGGAAUAUUCCUGUGAGUGGAAGUGCGUGGAGAGCGAGGAGGAGGAGGUGACACACACGACAGAUAAGUUCCAACAGCUGCUCUGCCACAUCAACCAAGACGUCAAGUACCUCCACACAGGCCUGGUGGCGAGGAUGCAGGAACAAAUCACCAAGAAGUCCGCCGUGUUGGACAGGGAUGCCGUCUACACAAAAAAAUCCAAAAUAUCGCGGUUACCAGCAUACCUGGCUGUAGAGAUGGUCAGGUUUUUCUACAAGGAGAAGGAAGCUGUGAACGCCAAGAUCCUGAAGGACGUCAAGUUCCCCAUGGUCCUGGACGUGUUUGACCUGUGCACGCCGGAGCUCCAGAAGAAACUGUCGCCCAUCAGAGGGAAGUACAAGGAUAUGGAGGAGAGACAAGUAGAGGAGGAGAGAGCCAUGAAGAGAGGGAAGCCAUUAGCAGCAGAGGAGAAGCCAAAGACAAAGAGUCUCCCUUUCUCGUUUGAAGACGACUUUGGCAGCAACAACAGCGGUUUCUACCAGCUGCAGGCAGUGCUAACCCACCAGGGGCGGUCCUCCUCCUCGGGGCACUACGUGGGGUGGGUGCGGUGGAGGGGCAACGAGUGGCUCAAGUGUGACGACGACGAUGUCACUCCCGUCAUGGAGGAGGACAUCCUCAAGCUCUCUGGCGGAGGUGACUGGCACUGUGCUUACAUCCUCCUCUAUGGACCAAGGAUACUGGAGGUGGUGGAAGGGGACGAGAAGGUCACAGAGGAAACACCGAAGGAGGAGACGAAGAUGGAGACGGAGUAACGCUGACCAUUCCCUUUCAUCGCUACCUCUUUAUGAGAAAACGAUAGACACCCGAAGAAGAUAGAGGCAUAAUUAAGUUUUUGAAAACCUCGUAUCUGAGAAUUUUUUUAACAGCGACGGGGGAUGGGGAGAGAUGCUUUUUUAUUUUUUUUACUCUUUCCCUCCCUAGAAUAUCCUGUCUUUUUUAUAAAUUGGAUACAACCAGCAUUGUUAUCUGUGAUUGUUUUAAGCCAGUUAGUCAGUCAGAUUGAAGAAGGACAGGAGGAGGAAGAGGACGGUUGGUACAAGUGGCUGUUUUAGGGCGGUCAGUCUCGAGGAGGACACACAGGAGAGGCUUGUCAAUGGUGGUUCACAGGAAUAUUUUAAGUCAGUCAGGUCAUUGGGUCAGGAGGGAGGACAGGAGGAGGGGGAGUGUUGCUGCGUAUGUGUCUGUCCCUCUCAACACACUCUCCCCCCUUUACACAUACUCUAAAGGUAUCAGGUCUAACUAUGGAGUCUGCAUCCAGCUUGUUGUGAUGUGUGUUUGUGUGCAGGUGUGCUUAUGUAUGUGCUUGACUGCAUUUGUGUGCCACAGAGAGAAAGAAAGAGAGUGAGAGAGAAAGAGUGUGUUUACUGCCUUAUCUUCAUUGUUUGUACAUUGCCUAAGCUGAGAAGCAGGUUCUAAUAAAAUUAAUAUUGCCUGGA